AGUGGUAGUGGUAGCAGUGCCGCAUCAAUGGCUGCCGUUGGAAGCCGUAUACCGGGUAUACCCGGUACACUAACGUUCACCCUUUCGCCACCAUCCGACGAUACUGGCUAUCCGCUGUUCACCAUGACCACCGAAUCCAGUUCAUCGUCACUGAACAAUGGUACUAUCCCGAAGGAUCCUAACCUGCAAUGGAUACAGACUCCACCAGUGAUUGGUUUGAACAAAAAGGUUAUCAUCGUCGAUGCGUCUCAGAUCUACGAUUGUCUGGAUUUGGGCCGACGGAUCGACGUUAGCUGGCCCAACGAGCAUUUCCGGGCCAGCGGAGGGCGAGCGUCGUGGAAGGAUUGGAUACCACAGGAGGGCAUGGUGGGCAAUGUGGUGCACUACUGGCAACCGAAUCAUCCCGAUCACCACUUCCGCUCGAACGUGAACCGUACGAUACUGCUAGUGAAGAUCGGCGAACGUCAUGUACCGAUCGGUGAAAAGGGUGUCAAGGAGUACAACACGAUCGGCAUACCUUCAACAGCAACAACCAGCACCGUCGUUGGUACCGUUUCGUCGACUGUAGCGAUCGAAGAAGAGCUCCCGAAGGCCGCCAGAAGCUGUCGGCUCGAAAUUGAUGAUACAGAGGAGGCACAAAGUGUACCAACCACCAGCGCUAGUACAAAUACCAGCAGCAGCAACAGCAGUACCGGUAUGCUGGCGCACGAACGAAGCGUUAGUCGUGAGCGUCUCGUAACGUCCACUUCGGGGGUUGAACCAGAAGCGACGAAUUCGAAUGUGAAGCAGGAUGAAGGCACCGCAACAGCGGUGUUGGACGUACCGGAACCUUCAUCAUCAUCAUCGUCAGCAUUAUCAUCGAACGAAUCCGAUCCAUCCCACGGUAAUACCGAGAACACAUCACAGGAUCAUCUGGUGUAGCGCACAGGCUCCGGGCCGACGGGCAGGUUGCUGCGGCCUGCCUGAAUUGUAAAUAGGAGUUUGUAUUGUAAUAUCAAAAUGAAGAUCGCCUUAUUCGCCGUUUACGAUACGUCAUGAUGUCAAGGAAGAAAGGGCAGGACACUCUUGCUUUCUCUUUUUCCUCUCCUUCUCUCACUCUAUCGCUCAUCGGCCAUGCAAACACACACACACACACAGCAACCGUGUGUUGUCCGCGCCCAGCAGCACUGCACUGUAGUGGCAUUGUAGCUGUGGCUGCUGGAAGGACACCCAGAGCCGACGAUCAGUGGUGCAUCGCGAAGUAAGCAGCAGCUUGCUUGUUGUGGCGCGUCGCCCGUUGCGAAGAGAGGAUGCGUUGAAAUGUGAUAACUAAUGUUAAGAUAAAACGAAACGAAAAACGCGCUAAAAAAUCACCACGGAAUAAGGGUAUGUGUACAGUGUGGUAGUGUGGUGGAGAUGUUGAAGACUAUUAGCUAAAUACGUGCAUUGUUGUAUAGAAGAAUUGCGUGGUGGAGCGCCACGCCGUCAGCAGAAAGGGUGGCACUCGCCCUGCUACAUGAGUGCGGUCAAGCAAACGUUGAAACUAAAGAGAAACUCGUUAAAUUAUUGUGUAAACUCAUCUACCGCCACAGUCUAGACUAAUUGCUGCGCAGCCCGCAACUUCCGUCAUCCAACCAACUAAUCCAACUAAUGCGUACCGCUACACUAUUGCCGGUGGGAAGGCAGACUGCUAUUUAAGACUGCCACACCACGGGGUGGGACGCGGUGGAGCGGAUAUCACCUUAUACGAAGUUAUCGAUUCUUAGACACUGCGCCGUAUCAUGAUGUUCGUUCGAGUUCGAGUUUGAGAAUUGUGGCUGGAGAUCGUUUUUUUUUUCUUUCUCUAGAUUAGUUAGCCGUUAGUUAGUUAGUCAGUUAGUUAGUUAGCUAGUUAGCCACAGAGUUAGUUUGAACCUUUUGCCAACGCCAACGAACGGAGGAAGCAGCGCUGCGAUCUUGCGACACUGGUGGCGACACGGCGCGACCACGACCGCGAACUAGCUAAUGUGGAGUCUUGAAGUAACGAAAGGUUAAAGGGGCAGAUGGCGGAACUGGGAAGGGAAGUUGUUAAGUGUAGAAUAGAUGGGACAAGAUGGGGGAAGGGCGGAGGAGCGAUUGAAGACGGGUAGAUGCCGGAGGUGUAAAAAUCGACGGGCACAGGAUUAUGACGAGAGAUUGUCUAUGAGCGGGAGAUAGAGAUGAUUUAAUACUGUUUUUUUAUUCCUAACUCCUAGAGAACCAGUUGGUCUAUUCCGCAUAUAACGCGAAGUAUGGUUAUUGUUUUUUUUAACUAUUGCCUUAUUUUAUUUUGCUUCGUUUCAUUUUUACACUACCAUGGCGCCAAUCCGAUCACGCGUCAAUGGACACUAUCAAAAUGCACUUGAGGUCCUCGCAUACCAACUCACUCAAGCACGCAGCAGCAACAGCAGCCGUUGUCGUUGUUGUUAUUGUUAUAGAUCAGGCUUUUGUUAAACCGCAAAUUCGUCAGCAGCUUUCCACGUUUAGUUUCGUUCAAUGAUAGACUAACUCACCUGCCCCUUCCCUCAACUCGUUCGGAGCCCGAUCUUGCUUCGGUUGGAAAGACACAAAGAAUUAUGCCUUUUCUUUCUUACUUUUUUAUGAAAAAAAUAAAACAAUUUCCAAUCUGAACUUA